AAAACUACAAAUCUGGCCGGAUUAGUCGCCAGCCCCGGCUCUUCUAGCCUACUUUUGCUGAGUUCUGCCGUCCUAGCUACAGCUGCUGCUGCGACAAAUGUCAAUGGGAGUAUCAGCACUGGCGAUUCUCUUGUCCCUGGGCCUCCCGACGCCGAAUCUGGCUUGAAGGCAAAUACCAUCGACUCACCACCGCAUGACCUAGUGACACCACCGGCGCUUCUAGUACCACUUACCAGUCAAAGGGCUCUGCAAUCUAAAAGCGCCAGCCUAACAGAUGGUCUUCUAUCAGGGCGGCAUGAGUCAAGUCUCCAGGUCUCACUUAAUAUAAGCAAUAAUACGGAAAUCGAGGCAUCUUUGCGGCCAGCCAAAUUCAUCAAUACAGCUGGCACUGAAUUUGAGACCCCUUUAAAUACUCCUGAAAGACAUCUUUCUUGA